AUGACUGGUUUGGCGUUUGCCAUAUUACUUGGUCUCUAUUUUUUGUUAUUUCUUUGUAAAGGUAAGAACUCUAUUAAACUAGACAGAACAAAUAAUAGAUUAAUUGUCACAGUUUUUUCUCGAUAAGCACAACAAGCUAUUAAUACUCAAGGUUUUGGUUUUAGGGAAUAUAGGCCUGACGGAACAAAACAUAUUUAUUUAUACUAUUGGGUGCUUUUUCGCAUUCUUGAAUCUAGCUCUAUAUGACUAUGUAGUGAAAACAAUUAUAAUCUUGCAUGGGCAUAACGCUUGAGUCCAUUUCCUGCAAAGUUUAUCAUGUACAUUCAGAAAACAAACUUCGCGAUUUCAUCUCGCCGUAAAUUCAAAUAUCUGAACACUUGUGAGGAAUUUUGACAAUGCGCAGCCUUGCAAGAUAUAUGUUUUCUGAGCAAACGUCUUUAAUAUUUAUUCCGUCAUAUUUUUUAUAAAAGAUCACCGGCCGCCUGUUGGACUUGUUGGGAUUAAAUUGGACUUCUUUACUUGGCUACAAACAUACCGCAUUACCGCUAUAGUUAGCUUAACUGCAUUUGCUUAUUUUUUGUAUCUCAUGCCACAGUUGCGAUGUGUCUUUUAGCCAUCCCCUUUCCCCUGCAUGCACGAUUCCCCUUGUAACAAUUAAUAUGUGAUUGUUAUAGUAAAGCACUCUUCCCAUACCCCCAAUUAAAACAUCACAUAUUCGUCUGUGAAGCACCCAAUCAUGGAUAAGUUCUAUAGGAACAUUGGCUGACCCUGAAACGUAAUCUGUUCCAUUAUUUUUAACUUUUUAAAAAUUAGAUUUUUUGUAUUUAGGAUUAGGAGUGAUCAUUUCACCACGUGAUGGAACAAAGCUUACAUUUGUACCUGGAUCAAGUAGGAAUAUAACAUGGACAUUUGAUGAUGCUAAAGCAGCUUACCGGGAUUGGUCUUUCACAAGUAGUGACGGCUUAGGAAGUGGGUUACUUGGAGGAAUAGUUUCUGAUUUUGAGCCUCAAACAACAACGGACGUCUUACCCGGGGUUAACAUAAUAAAGCCAGGAACAUUGGCUUUAAGCAAUGUUGAUCAAAAUUAUAAUGGAACAUACACCUUUCUCCUUAAAGUAAAUGGCAAGCCAGAUGAUACGUCUCAUGUGAUUGUUUUUAUUGCAAGUAAGUUCAUUAAAAAUAUGCAAUAUAAAUUAUUUGAAGGUUUCGUCACGGACAGUUUAUAGAAGGGACAAGGCAGCAUGUAUGAAGAUCCAUGCAUGCAUGCAUGCAUGCAUGGGCAUGCUUAUUAGAAGUUAUCAUAUAUAACUGAUUAAAGUAUUUAAGACAAAAAGAUUCAGAUCUAUUCGAUCAUUUUUGAAAAUCGAACAUGCAUAAUUAUGUCAACAACCAAAAAUUUUGAAAUCCAAUGACGAAGACUAUGCAAUUAACGUCGCAAAUUUAUUCAUCAGUUUGGCGGUCGCUAGUUGUACGGCGUCUUCGUCACAUUUUUCAUACAUGUGUAUAAAGUCUCGAUCAAUGCAAUAUUUUGAAAUACUUCUUAUAUGAAAUAAUUUUUAUACUGUUCCACACUGGAAAAUUUAAACAAUUUGCAAAUUUUGGUUUUCUAAACUUUCUAUAGAAAAUUUCCGCGCUUUUUCUCGAAGAUCUCUAUAUACUAUAUAGAAUUUUAGAGGUUGACCGAAUUUCAAACCUUAUUUCAGGUAAUUUCUCCGUAUUUUCCACAAUAUGAGAGUGUUUCAAAUUUUUUAGUGGUCCGUGCAUUGCCUCCCAGAGAAAUUGGGGGGCCAUGGACAAAUUUGUAAUUCGUGGGCCCUAUUUUUCCCCAAAAAAAGUUGGUUAGCGAGGGGGGGUUGGAAAAAGUUUUUUUGACAUCGCUUUAUUUUACUACCGGUAUUAAAAAAUUGUCAUUGUCAAUGACUUACUGGCCAUUUUCAAUGAAAAUCCGCAUCAAAAUCUAGUUCAAAUUUAUCCAAAAUACCGUUGGCAACAAAUUACUUUAGUUCGCAACAAGUCCCGAAAACGCAUAAGUGCAUGAGUAUAUACUGUCAAAUGAUAUCUUUAGUGAACAAGCAUUUAUUGACUUCAAUAAUUCUCUCCAUGACUGAAUUUAUUUAUUUACUCGUCCUUUAAUUUUUAAUUUUUUUGUUAAAACAUCGAUCUUUGCCCAACCUUAACUUUACAAAAUAACUUUACCGUACAUUUUUAGUAAAGCCAACUGUGACAACUUGUUCCAGUCCUGUCACAGUGGUUGAAGGGAAUGAUAUUACAUGUGAAUGUCAAGGACAGGGUGGUAACCCUGCUGCCAAUGUAACAUGGUUUAAAGAUGACAUACAGAUCGGUAAAACAGGAAAGGAAGAACAAACAUUAACUCGACGUAAUGUUAGUGCUGCAGAUAGCGGAACGUACAAAUGUGUAGCCGAGAGCUAUCCAGAUGCAAAGUUUAAAGAUGAAAGAUUAAUCACAGUUGUAGUAAAACUUAAAUGUAAGUAUCGUUGCCGUUGGUACUCAAGUUAAGCAUUAUACAGUAUUUCAGUGUAUAUUUAGUAAUAGAACUACUGUUCAUAACCUUACUACUAGCUACUAGCCUAAAUAUACAACAUGCAUGCAGUGACUGUUUUAUACUGACUGUGCAAGAAUAGAGCAUUGCAAUACAGGAUAAAUUGCUAACGAUUCACACGCAUGAACGAUUAGUGUAAUUGCAUGAACUAUAUAUAAACUAUAAGCUUUCUGGCUGAAAUUGAUCUUGCAUGUGACCUUUUGUUCUUCUGCUUUAAAUUCUGCAACUUCUUCAGCAACUUAAAAACAGGAAAAUAAACAUUUAAAUUAUAAACUGAAAUGUUGAAAUAUGCAACUUAUCCUCGAACAGAAUUCAUUUACUUUUAAACAAGACUCUCUAUAAGCGUUAGUUGUAUGCUACGUGUUACUCAUGCAAAGUUCUUUCUUCUUACAUUUUAUUCAAUUAACGAGUAUUUUUAACUAAACUUUUUACAGAGCAUUGUUUGUUGUUUUUUCUAGCGCUAGACUAUGAUCUGAGCCUGUUUCCUUAGAACUGCCACUGAUACUUAUUUGAGUGUAAUAGUCGUUACGUAAUUUUACGUUACUAAAUCAAACAUGCAGCGUAACGUCUUUUUUGAGACAGUCAGCAAUUGUCUGUUUUCAUUAGUAUGAUAGAGAUUUUGUUUCUUCACAGUUAAACCUAACGAGACAGCCAUUAGGCUUACACCAGAAAGAUCUGUAAUUGGUGAAUCAGUUAACAUAACUUGUGAAUCUAGUGGUUUGCCUAAGCCACGUUAUUCCAUAAUCCAUAAUGACACUGAGGUAAGUAGUGAGAGGACGUAUACCAUAUCCAAAGUGAACUGGAGUGAUGCUGGAACAUAUCAAUGUACUGUGGAGAAUGAACUUGGACGUAAUUCAAAGUGCUCUUGUUUGACCGUCGUAGGUGAGAUAUUCAAAUCACCAACUAUUUAUAAAACUGAAAAUGUUAACAUUUAAUGAUCUAGUUUAAUUACCGACAUGACAUGGCAUGAAACAUGAUUGGACUGAUGGGAUGAGAUUGGGACUACGGAAUGCAUAUUGGAGCCCAUUUUAUGUGGGUUUUUUUGUAUAUGCAUUUGUGCUCCUCAUUCUUGUUAUUCAUAGUUUCAGGUUACUAUAAAACUGAGCUUUAUAUACAUUAUCUUAUAGUACUAGUCUAAGUACAUCUUCACGAGUGCACCAGCUCAAGUACACGGCAAUAAUCAUUGGAGUAUACCAGUGAGGUACGACUGAAAAUAUUGAUCCAAUUCAAUUAUGAACGAAAAUAACUUUGCCUGCAUAACAAUCGUAUCUUCGUCCUCUUUUCUCUCUUCUUUCUGGCGACUACAUUUUACAAAUAAAAUAAUUUUUAAAGAGCACCACCCUCAAAUAAACCCCGCAUCCAAAGCACAAAAAACUGAUGUAAUGAGUAGUAUAGGUACCAUUUCUGCACCAGAAUGAUACCUACUGCAUCAUCAUAUAUAACUACAAGUGAGCACCAUAAUCAGAAAUUUAAGUGCAAGUAACUGAAAAUUAACUUAUUAUGUCUAUUUAAUCUUACUUCUCUCAAUGAAUCAGGGCAACCUAAUAAGAAAAAUAUACAACGUGUUAUAUGCAUUAAUAUUGACAGAUACAAUAUCGCAUCAGCAUGUACAACACUGUCAUUGGCAUCUCAGUCUCAAUUCCUCCGCAUCCUGCAGUUACAAGUUGUGUUUGAGCUAAUAUUCUAACUUAUCAAUUUUCAAAUGUUUCUGUUCAGGAGAGAAAGCAGCUUCUAAGAAAGUGGAUUGUGAGAGCAGCACAGAAACUGUUGUAGUAUGGCAUAUCGUGGUAUCUUUGGUGUCUGGAGUUAUCAUUGGGCUUUUUCUUUCCCAAAUUGUCUCGUGUUCUCGUCGUCGCUGGUUUAUAAACAGAAAACCUGAACGAAAUCCUGAACCAAAGACAGCUGAUGUUGAUACAACUUAUCAAGAGCUUGAUCUAACAAAAAUAAACACAGAAGAUAAUUAUCAGUCGUUGAGAGUGAAUGCUGCAAGUAAUGUUGCUGGAAAUCGAGCUGCAAAUGACGAUGACUCUACGAAACCAGAGAUGUGGAGAACAACUAUCAAUCUUUAA